GAGGAAGGUGAAAGAAGAGGUUUUUGGUUAUGGAGGGUGACUGUUGUACGAGUUCAGAGUCUGCAAGUUCGACAUCAUCGCGUAAAGGUUCUCAGAGAGAUAAUAAGCCUUACAGAGGAAUAAGGAUGAGAAAGUGGGGGAAGUGGGUAGCUGAGAUCAGGGAACCAAAUAAAAGGUCAAGGAUAUGGCUUGGUUCUUACUCUACCCCCAUGGCUGCUGCUCGUGCUUACGAUACUGCUGUUUUCUACUUGAGGGGUCCUUCUGCUCGUCUCAAUUUUCCUGAAUUUAUAGUUGCAGAGGAUGAUCAGCUCCAUGAUAUGUCUGCGGCUUCCAUAAGGAAGAAAGCAACCGAGGUUGGGGCCAGAGUUGAUGCCCUUGAGACUGGUUUGAUUAGUUCCCAACACAACUCUUGCAAGCAACACUCCAACAAGAAGCCUGACUUGAACCAGCAACCCAUUCCUGAUAGCUCUGAUGAAGAUUGAAGAGCCCCUCUUUUUUGCAAUCUCUUUAACUAAUUUUCC